CGCGUCAGCAAAACAACAGACACUAGUCAAAUCACAACUCCACCUGUUUCACUGCUCUCCGUUGCUUGUACUCCCAUCUUUUCUCUCUCACGCAAUUCGUCGAACAUAUCCUGCUCAUUCUCGAUCUCGGAAGUACAAUUCUUAUUUUUAUGUAGUGCACCAAAGACAGACAACUAGAGAGAGGAUCAAUGAGUUUCAGGGAUGAGAAUGAAGAUGGGAAGGAUCUCCGAAAACCCUUUCUUCAUACCGGAAGUUGGUAUCGUAUGGGUUCCCGACAGUCCAGUAUGAUGACGUCUUCUCAGAUGAUCAGAGACCGCUCUGUUUCUGUGCUCGCUUGUGUCCUCAUCGUUGCCUUAGGCCCCAUCCAGUUCGGUUUCACAGGUGGCUAUUCUUCACCUACGCAAUCGGAAAUCAGUCGAGAUCUUAAACUUACCGUCUCUGAGUUUUCAUUGUUUGGAUCUUUAUCGAAUGUGGGCGCCAUGGUUGGUGCAGUAGCUAGUGGUCAAAUUGCAGAGUAUAUUGGCCGAAAAGGAUCGUUGAUGAUUGCAGCUAUCCCAAACAUACUUGGCUGGCUUGCUAUAUCAUUUGCCCAAGAUUCAUCGUUUCUUUACAUGGGAAGGUUACUCGAAGGAUUUGGUGUUGGGAUUAUAUCAUAUACAGUUCCUGUAUAUAUAGCUGAAAUAGCACCUCAAAACAUGAGAGGGGGAUUAGGUUCUGUCAACCAGCUAUCUGUGACAAUUGGAAUUAUGCUUGCUUAUUUGUUGGGACUUUUUGUUCAUUGGAGAGUACUUGCAAUUUUGGGAACAUUACCUUGCUUAAUUUUGAUACCUGGCCUCUUUUUCAUCCCUGAAUCUCCUAGGUGGUUGGCAAAAAUGGGAAUGACAGAUGAUUUUGAAGCUUCUUUACAAGUUCUUCGUGGUUUUGAUACUGAUAUUACCCAAGAAGUGAAUGAAAUUAAGAGGUCUGUGGCAUCAUCAAACAGAAGAGCUGCAAUUCGUUUUUCAGACCUCAAACAAAGAAGAUAUUGGUUUCCUUUAAUGAUAGUAUUUGGCUUACUUGUUCUCCAACAGCUAACUGGAACCAAUGGCGUUCUCUUCUAUUCCAGUACCAUAUUCGAAUCUGCAGGAAUAUCUAAUAGUAAUGUUGCGACAUUCGGCCUAGGAGCUAUUCAAGUGAUUGCAACUGGGGUUUCGACAUGGUUGGUUGACAAAACUGGCCGCAGGAUUUUGCUUAUUGUCUCUUCUUCUACAAUGACUCUGAGUCUCAUAGUCGUUGCAGCAUCAUUCUUCAUUAAGGGUUUUGCAGAUGAUGGUUCCACCACGUAUACUGUAAUGGGCAUUUUAUCAUUGAUUGGAGUUGUGGGCAUGAUCAUUGGUUUUUCUCUUGGAAUGGGGCCGAUUCCAUGGAUUAUUAUGUCGGAGAUUCUAGCGGUGAAUAUAAAAGGACUUGCGGGUAGUGUAGCAACAUUAGCCAAUUGGUUUAUCUGUUGGGUCGUUACAUUGACGGCACCUUUGCUUUUAGCUUGGAGUAGUGGAGGAACGUUUACUCUGUAUAUGGUUACGAGUGGUAUAACGGUUGUAUUUGUGGCCCUUUUGGUACCGGAGACCAAGGGGAAAACAUUGGAAGAGAUUCAGUCUUCGUUUAGAUGAUCCUAAUUCAAACUUGGAGGAGGUUAUAAUUACUUAUCUAUUUUAUAAUUUUGUAAUUUAUUUUAUAUCAAGCUCAAAUAUCAUUGUUGUAUUCAUAUUGUAUGCACUAUGCAGAAGCAAAUAAAUAAUAUCCAUCCACCCCAAUUUUUACA